UUCAAGAGGGAAACUUCUUAACAUUUGCUUGGAGCUCACUAAGUGGGAGGAGAAACAAACUAAUUAGUAAUAUCAGGACAGGAGCCAUGCUAGGCUAUAUAAGCUGGUAGGGCAUUUUCUUUUUCUCCACUCUCUUAGCCCUGCUUUCCUUCUGUCCUAGCCAGCAAAGCAACAGCUACCCCUGAACUCAUCGGAGAGGGUCAGAACAUCAACAUGGAAAACAGUGUUGAUGUCAAGAUAGAAACCAAAGGGGAAAGAAAGCCAAUAAAGCAGAAUCCACUGAGCAAAGCUGGGAAGAGAGUCUGCAGAGCUGUUGGGUACAUCACCGGAGACAUGAAGGAAUUUGGAGCCUGGCUAAAAGAUAAACCUCUCAUGAUCCAGUUUAUUGACUGGGUGCUGCGUGGGAUAUCCCAGGUGAUGUUUGUCAACAAUCCCCUCAGUGGGCUUAUCGUAGUUGCUGGCUGCCUAGUGCAGAACCCAUGGUGGACGCUCACGGGCUGUUUAGGAACAGUUGUCUCAACUUUAACAGCACUUAUUCUGGGUCAGGACAGAUCAGCCAUAGCAGCAGGCCUGUACGGCUAUAACGGGGUCUUGGUGGGAUUGCUCAUGGCCGUCUUCUCUGCUAAGGGAAACUACCACUGGUGGCUUCUACUGCCAGUAGCACUGGUAUCCAUGACGUGCCCUGUUUUCACCAGCGCUUUAGGCUCAGUCUUCUGUAAGUGGGAUCUGCCUGUUUUCACCUUGCCUUUCAACUUGGCCUUGACCCUCUAUCUGGCUGCAUCAGGACCCCAUAACCUCUUCUUCCCUACAACUGUCAUUCAGUCUGCAACAGCAACACCAAACAUCACCUGGACGAAUGCUGAAAUGCCAAUGCUCCUGCAAUCCAUUCCAGUUGGUGUGGGCCAGGUUUAUGGCUGCGAUAACCCCUGGACUGGAGGAAUUUUCCUGAUUGCUUUAUUUAUCUCUUCUCCACUCAUUUGUCUGCAUGCGGCAAUUGGAUCAGCAGUAGGGAUGCUGGCAGCACUGAGCCUAGCAACACCUUUUAGCAAAAUCUACUCCGGCUUGUGGGGCUACAACAGCUCCCUCUCAUGCGUUGCGAUCGGAGGCAUGUUCUACGCUUUCACCUGGCAGACACAUUUGCUGGCAAUUGCCUGUGCGCUCUUCAGUGCCUACCUGGGAGCAACAGUGACUAACAUGUUGUCUGUGUUUGGGGUGCCAUCAGGAACCUGGUCUUUUUGCUUGUCUGCGCUGACCUUCCUGUUAAUAAGCACAAACAACUCUGCCAUCUACAAGCUGCCACUCUCCAAAGUCACCUAUCCAGAAGCCAACCGAGCUUAUUACCUGAAGAUGAAGAAACAUCAGAGGUCUUGCUGUGAGGUAUAAAGACCCAAGAAGAGAGAUACUUUGCAGAUUUUAAGGCAAGAGUGCAAGGUGUUUCCCCAAAAAACAUGAUCUGUGUGCUACAAAGUCAAAAGACCAAAAAAACCAAAAUCACCACCUCAUGAGUGGAGAGACUUUUUCCACUGCAUUCCUUUGUGCUAUCCUGAUUAGAUAGAACUGUGCUGUGCUGGAAGGACCUUUCCCAAGACCAAUCUGUAACGAUUCAAAAGCACAUAUGUCUGAAAAGACACUUCAAUUUUAAGCAGUGGGGAAAUGACUUAGAAGUUGAAAAGAAAACUCAGUCUGUGAAAUCGAAGUCACAGCAAUCGGACGUAAAGCAAUAAAGAGCAGAGCAUCUCUCAGCAUCUGAUGGGACUCCUAAUUAAUGGCUAAAACCAGCUUACGACAGCAAUAGGAUACGUCUUAGAGAGCUUCAUAGUAGCAGAGAAGUGGAAUAAAGAGUACCCUUUGCUAAGUAGAAAAUAGAUGGUGAAGAAUUCUACCUGGAGGAUCUCUCAAGCCCAGUGGAGAGAGAUGUGCAUUAGCAAUCAUCACACACAAGAUGGACACAGAUAAAUUGCAGGCAGUGUUGCUAACACUUGCAAGACUUGUGGUAAAAAUCACAAUAAUGGCAGGGAGAGGCUGUCUAUCAGCCCCAGCUUUUGGAUGUUUUAGUUUGCACUAGGCUGGAACAUUUCAUGAAAUAAAUGUUUCAGGCCUACCCAGUUGCAGAGAAAAGUCUGUAAACCCAAGGCCAAGAAAGCAAAUACCAGUGAAAAGAAUCCUUUUCUAAAAAGGAAAAAAAAAAAAAAAAAAGGAAUAAGAGUAAUGAUUUUAUGUUAAUCUCGUGAUUUUUCUUGAUACUUCAACUUGGUCAUGUGUUAGCAAAGGAGGGGACAGCAGCAAAGUCAUUGCUGUCCCUUUCCUAUGCAAUAAAAUGGCUCUAUUCAGCCUGUGCACAAGCAGAACUAAUUUGAGCUGAUCUUCUUGACCUCUCUCCCUACAUCACCACCCUCGGCCCACAAAUGUCAAGCAGCAAGUUCGUCUGCUGCCGAAGUUGCUGCUCUGCCAUCUCCCGCCACGCCACGAUGGGAAGAGGAUUGUUGGAGGACUGGUGGACGUAGCAGAGGUCUACAGCAGACCAGCCUUGUGCCACCUCUGCACGGGCUCCUGGGGUCUGCAGGUAGGGAAGGAGGAAGGUGACCUUGCACCCAACAGUGCUGGUCACUGCCUGGCUCAUCGAGAUACUUCAUCUCAUGACGAAGCUGACAUCUUCACCAAAAAUACUCCAUACGCUCAGGUCCUUCGCUUGACAUCAGCCUACGUGCAGUAACGUUGCUUCUGGGAAAGCAGAUCAAAACCUGUUCCUCUUGUAGCAGAGGAAAUCAGAAGUAGCCUGCGAAUAGUGCUACUGCUGAUUUUUGAGGUUGGGAAAAACACAUGCCUUUUUGCAAACAUCAAAAAGAUCUGAGUGAAAAAUAUUUGAGAUGAACUGCUGGCAGUAUUUUCUGGUGAACUGUUAGGUUUUCAGAUGUUUGACAGUAUUUCUGUAUGACUGACACUCCACAGAUCACUUGUAAAAAUGUACCAUUUCCUGUGUUUUACUUGGUACAUAGCUACAUAAUAUUGUGCGGAGUUAAUUUUUAAAACAAAUAUUCAUGCCUUUUUGAGUUUGGUAUAAGUUUUCCUCUAUUUAUCAUCACUAGGCUCUUCCAAAGACAGAUUAUCCCUUAAAUAAGUAGUCUAGAAGAUGCUGGAAAAUAAAAUUAUGAAAUGAGCGUAUGGGGGAUGCUCUGGAAACUUCUAACUUCUGCUCUUUGUACUUAUGGCAUUUUGCUGCAUCGAUACCUUCUUAAAUGUGCAAAUUGCUUCUGUACAGGAGGCACGAUCAGCCAAAGGCACGGUGUUGUGCCUGCAGAGCUACAGGCAGAGCUGGAAACCUCCUUGAGACCAAAUGAAGACUCAUUCCUAGGGGAGAUGCUGGACAGGCCCCCACACUGGGAUUAGAUAAAGUCAUGUUCUGUCCAGAGGAUGCACCUCUCCAUUUGUCAAACUGGGCAAAUGGAAAAGGAUAUCUUUUGGUGUCUGAACUGACAUCCCCCCUCCCAGAACUGUGUGUGCCCCAGAGAGACAAACCUACAAAGGCUAGCUUUCACUCUUAUGUCAAAAUCUGCACUCGGGUAGGAGUACACACUUUAUGACCAGUGUAAAUCAGCAGAUUUCCUCCAACUGGUGCUAUUUCAGCUUGCUGUUGCUGAGCAACAGGGACAUUUUGGCAGUACCAUAAAGAAACCAUAUGCACAGAACAGAAAAACAACAAAAGAUGAAGGCCAUGUCUCAGCCAUUAGAAAGACUUUGCACAUCAUUCAGAAUUAGUUCUUCAUUUUAUGCUAUCCAGAGAAUUCAUUCUUCCCAUCACCCCAUGCAAAAUAACAGUUAUUUGGCAAUAUGACACGUAUAUCAGUCAGAAUAUGCAUAUCAUGCUUUUUCCCAUUAUCGUUCAUAAUGCAGUCUUUGCUAACAGGACUAAUUUAUCUUAUUAUUGAAACUGUUCUUU